AUGCCUAAUCAGAGAAGCUCCGUCUCCGAUGAACACGAUCAAUCUAGACAGUCUCUACUACCCCCUCCUCUCCAUCCCAGGACCCCAUCUGGCGGACCAGAGCCAUCUAGUCAAUCAUAUUACGCUCCUUCAUCCCACACCAAUGCAGUAUUUCCAUCAAGUCCUUGCUAUCCAGAUGGAGAAUCUGUUGUACUAUCCGAGCAUCUGAAUCUCGAAACGGCGUCCACAACUUCGAAACGCUGGGCACAACGCCAAAUGCAUACUUCUGGAAUACUAUGCCGAUAUCCUACUCGUCGAAUUAAGUUAGUUCAUGGCACCGUUUUAAGUGUCGAUUACCCGGUUCCUAGCGCAAUACGCAAUGCCGUCCAGGCAAAAUACCGUGAUCUGGAGGGAGACCCUUCUGAAGAAUUUACUCAUUUGAGAUACACUGCAGCUACGUGCGACCCGGACGAAUUUACUCUGCAACAUGGAUAUAACCUCCGCCCUUCCAUGUACAAUCGGCAUACCGAGAUGCUCAUCGCCAUUACCUACUACAACGAAGAUAAGGUUCUUACGGCUAGAACCUUACACGGCGUUAUGCAGAAUGUCAGAGAUAUCGUGCAGCUGAAAAAGACAGAGUUUUGGAACAAGGGAGGUCCUGCUUGGCAGAAAAUUGUCGUCUGUCUAGUGUUUGAUGGGCUGAAGCCCUGUGACAAGAACACGUUGGAUCUCCUGGCGACAAUCGGAAUAUACCAAGACGGUGUGAUGAAACACGACGUAGAUGGUAGAGAAACGGUUGCUCACAUUUUCGAGUAUACAACCCAGUUAUCAGUCACACCUACGCAACAACUAAUCCGUCCAUUCGGCGACGACCCUACCAACCUCCCACCAGUACAGAUGAUCUUCUGCCUAAAACAGCAAAACAGCAAAAAGAUCAAUUCCCAUCGCUGGCUAUUCAAUGCUUUCGGGCGAAUUCUGAACCCAGAAGUCUGCAUCCUGAUCGACGCUGGCACCAAACCAGGACACAAAUCAUUGCUCACCCUCUGGGAAGCGUUCUACAAUGACCGACACCUAGGUGGUGCAUGCGGGGAAAUCCACGCUCUACUCGGCCGCGGAUGGACAAAGGUCCUGAAUCCCCUGGUAGCAGCCCAGAACUUCGAAUACAAAAUCUCAAACAUCCUCGACAAACCAUUGGAAAGCAGCUUCGGGUACGUGAGCGUUCUACCGGGUGCAUUUUCAGCAUAUCGCUAUCGAGCUAUAGUCGGUCGACCCUUGGAGCAAUAUUUCCACGGGGAUCAUACGCUCUCCGAGAGGCUAGGUAAGAAGGGAAUUGAGGGGAUGAAUAUCUUCAAGAAGAAUAUGUUCUUAGCUGAAGACCGCAUUCUCUGCUUUGAGCUCGUUGCUAAAGCUGGGUGUCAAUGGAAACUCACAUACGUCAAAGCUUCAAAGGGAGAGACCGAUGUGCCUGAAGGUCCGGCCGAGUUUCUGAGUCAACGGCGCCGCUGGUUGAACGGGUCCUUUGCGGCGAGUCUGUAUGCAAUAAUGCAUUUCAACCGCAUUUACAAGAGUGGGCAUAAUUGGAUCCGCUUGUUCCUUCUUCAUGUUCAGCUUGUUUACAACAUUUGCCAGCUUGUCAUGACGUGGUUCUCACUUGCAUCAUACUGGCUUACCAGUUCCGUCAUCAUGGACAUCGUCGGCACCCCGAGUGCAGCGAACCAUUUCAAAGGAUGGCCAUUCGGGGGCGACGUUACGCCUAUCGUAAACAACAUUCUCAAAAUUGGCUAUUUGGCGUUCCUCAUGCUUCAAUUCAUCUUGGCUCUCGGAAAUCGUCCAAAGGGGUCGAGAUUCCCAUACACACUAUCUCUAAUCUAUUUCUCAAUCAUCCAAGCCUACAUCCUCGUUCUUUCAUUCUACCUCGUCGCGCAAGCACUCACAGGAGACAAUCUCGACUUCAACUUCGAAAACGGCUUCGGCGGCUUCCUACGCUCCUUCAUAAACUCGACCGGUGGGAUCGUUCUAGUCGCCCUGGUAUCCACAUAUGGAAUCUACUUCAUCGCCAGCUUCCUCUACAUGGACCCAUGGCACAUGUUCACUUCAUCCUGGGCUUACUUCCUGGGCAUGCCGUCGUCAAUCAACAUCUUGAUGGUCUAUGCUUUUUGCAACUGGCACGAUGUAUCUUGGGGCACUAAAGGCUCUGACAAAGCCGAUGCGUUACCCUCCGCGCGGACCAAAUCAGAUGCUCAAGCGGCGUUUGUGGAGGAAGUGGAUAAGCCACAGGCUGAUAUUGAUGUCCAGUUCGAACUCACGGUUAAACGGGCUCUCGCGCCGUGGGUUGAACCGCACGAAAACAACGAGGUCAAUCUUGAUGAUUCGUAUAAAUCGUUUCGAACCAAUUUGGUGCUUUUGUGGACAUUCAGCAAUGGGCUUUUGGCCUUGUGUAUCAAUAAUGUUGGGAUGAAGCAGCUUUGUUUGACGACGACGUCUACAUUGCGGACAGCGUGGUAUUUCAGAGUCAUUCUUUGGGGGACUUCCGGAUUGUCUAUUUUCCGAUUCUUCGGGGCUCUUUGGUUUCUGGCGAAGACUGGUGUUUUGUGUUGCUUUUCAAGGCGUUAA